AUGAUGGCUAAGAAGCCCCCGAAACCAGCCCCUCGCAGGAUCUUCCAAGAAAGGUCAAAGAUUACUGCUCUACCCUUGUACUUUGAAGGUUUUUUAUUAGUUAAGCGGUCAGAAUACCAGGAGUAUAAGCAUUACUGGACAGAGUUGAGAGGAACUACACUUUUCUUUUACACUGACAAAAAAAGUACCACAUAUGUUGACAAGUUAGAUAUAAUAGACCUUACAUGCCUUACUGAUCAGAAUUCAACUGAAAAGAACUGUGUAAAAUUCACCCUUGUUUUGCCAAAAGAGGACGUACAAUUGAAGACAGAGAAUACAGAAAGUGGGGAAGAAUGGAGAGGCUUCAUUCUUACAGUAACAGAGCUGUCAGUUCCCCUACAUGUGUCACUCCUUCCUGGGCAAGUAAUUAGACUGCAUGAAGUCCUAGAAAAAGAAAAGAAAAGGAGGAUUGAGACAGAGCGGACACCAAGCUCAUCUCCAGAAAAAGGGAAGCAACCAUUUGAAGAUUAUGAGGAUGUACUGAACCCUAUGCCAGCAUGUUUUUACUCAGUGUCCCGGAAAGAAGCAACUGAGAUGCUCGAGAAGAACCCUUCCAUGGGAAAUAUGAUCCUGAGGCCUGGCAGUGACAGCAGAAAUUACUCCAUCACCAUCCGGCAGGAGAUAGACCUGCCAAGAAUCAAGCACUACAAAGUGAUGAGUAUAGGGAAAAACUACACUAUUGAAUUGGAAAAGCCUGUAACACUCCCAAAUCUUUUCAGUGUCAUUGAUUAUUUUGUGAAGGAGACGCGAGGAAAUUUACGACCAUUUAUAUAUUCAGCUGAUGAAACCCUUGAGACGAAAGGAUUUCCUGUGACAUCUUUAAAAUAA